AUGGCGCUUUUGUCGAAUACACAGCGACCGGAACUCCCUUCUCUGCUCUCCUGGUUACCAUUGAUAGGAGUUAAUCCUGUGGCUUGCUUUCUGCUCGUGGCUCUCCCGAUAUGCCAGGUUACCUAUAACAUCUCUCUGCACCCGCUACGCAAAUAUCCUGGACCGAAACUAGCAUCCGUAUCGUCUCUUUAUAACACAUAUUGGGAUUGCACUGGCAGACAUCAUGUCCAGAUCAAGAACCUUCAUGAUCAGUACGGAGACGUCAUACGUUGGGCCCCGAAUACACUGGUAUACCGAAAUUCCGGCGCCUGGAAAGAUAUAUACAGUCAUCGAAGACAUGGCAUGGAGGCAUUUCAGAAAGACCCCAAGCUCUACCGCUCAGGCCCGAGUGGCGUGUCACUUAUCGGGGCAAACGAUGCUGAUCAUGCGAGGCAGAGGCGUCUUCUGUCACAUGCCUUCUCUGAAAGGGCUCUGAGCGAACAAGGGCCGCUAAUCCAGCGUUAUGUGGAUUUGCUAUUGACCAGACAACGCACAUUGGCUACAGCCUCGAAGCUGGUGGAUGUGGCCGAGUGGUAUGACUAUGCGACGUUUGAUAUAAUCGGCGAUUUGACGUUCGGGGAGUCUCUUUCUUGUCUUGCCGACAGCAAAUACCAUGCAUGGGUACCGGUGAUCUUUCAAACUCUCAAGGCAAGUGUUUUCGUGCGAGCGAUGCUGUAUUAUGUCCCGCAAUGGCUUUUCACGGCCUUUGUUCCGGCGCGAUUGAAAGAGAUGAGGAAUAACCAUUACCGAUUGACUGGGGAAAGGCUCUAUCGUCGUCUCAGUAUGCAAACCGACCGUCCAGACUUCAUGUCAUACAUCCUUCGACACAAUGACGAAAGGGACAUGACUGCGACUGAGAUCCAAGGAAUUUCUGCAAUCAUGAUGGUUGCCGGUACUGAGACAGCAGCUACUUUAUACCUGGAGGACAUUACAUUCCUCUCUGUGGCCCAACUCCCGUAUCUACAAUGUGUUCUUGAAGAAAGUUUACGGAUAUACCCGCCUGGUUCGGGCCUUCUACCGAGACAAGUCCCCGCAGGAGGCGCCAAUAUCAAUGGACGAUAUGUUCCCGGUGGAACUACAGUAGGAGUGUGUAUAUUUUCUGCCCUUCGAUCAAGGGAUAAUUUUGUGGACGCAGACUCUUUCAUACCCGAGCGUUGGAUGUUGAGCAGCCGGGAUCCUAGAUUCGACGCUGAUAAAAGGGAGGCCAUGCAAUUUCUUUUGUAUGGAUCCCGAAACUGCAUAGGCAGAAAUCUCGCCUACACUGAAAUGCGAGUCAUUCUCGCGAAGCUUUUGUGGGAAUUCGACCUAACGCUUGGUGAUGGAUGUUCCAAUUGGGACAAACAGUGCGCUUAUGUUGCGUGGCAAAAAAAAGCCCUUAAUGGGUCUUGGCUCGGGAUUCGGCCGAAAGGGCCCUGA